GAAAAAAGUGGAUUAAGUUUUGUUUAAAGAUAUUACAGUUCGAGCUAGUUGAGGAUUUAGUUGUAUAGUCGUGGAUAUUUGUCACAAUUGGCGUGUAAUGAACAAUAUAGUGUUAUUAAACAUAACAGAUCAGGUCUGUAGUGCUAGCAGGCUAACAGAGCUCGAGGACUACCCAUCAAAAAAAGAUUAAAAAGCGUAGUUUAUUUAAUAAAAGGAUCUGGAAACAUAAUAAAUCUUUUAUUUGAGUCAAAUCACAGCUGUGGAGAUGAAUAUAUAAAGCAGUCAGAAGAAUUAUAUGUGUUUUUUGCCGUUUGUUUAGGUGUGGAGAUACGUGACGUGACUCUGUGCAUUAUAUAAUCUCAUAAAUCCCUUUUUAAAACUUUAAUUUGUCUGACAAGAUUCUUCUGUUUAAUGAUUGAUUGAACUGAACAGCUGUUCUAAGGUUUUUAAAUCGUUAGAUCGAGUCAGAUGUCACAACUAACGUUAGUAUAAUGGGCAUGCAUCAAAACAGGAAACUUGAUUUAAUUGUAACGUUAGUUUUAGUUAAUGUAACGCUAUUUUGAUGUUCACGUGAUGUCAUUAUAAAUGGACAACAGCUCAACGACUUGUCCGUUUGACACACAGGGCUACAGUUCAACAUUUAAGCGGAAACGGACCGUUGAAGAUUUCAACAAGUUCUGCACUUUUGUGCUUGCAUAUGCCGGUUAUAUUCCUUAUCCACAGGAAAAAGUGCUUCAGGGUGAAGCAGCCUUGCUGUCCUCAAGAUCGCUUCAACCACCAAAGAAAUGGUGGUGGCUCUUAUGUCACGGCCGCUGAGAGACAUCCCCCCUCCAAAAAAACCUCAGCCCUCCCUCCCAGGGAGGCGCACUUGAGGAACAGCUCUAGUCCUCCAAACAGCACCGGCAGCACUGCAGACAGCGACGGAUGGGAGAACCAGAGGCUGGGCUGCGGCCUCUCAUCUCCGGACGAACCCCCGCCUAAAAACCGCAAGAGCUUCGCUGGAUUCAAAAGACCCACGAGCGAGGAUUCAGAGCCUAAGAAGCGUCCGAAAUUAGCAGGUCUUCUGCUGGAGGGUCGAACGAAGGCCGACAAGGUGAAAAAGAAGAAGAAGAAGCUGAGAAAGUGUAAGAAUGAGGAGUUGAGAUCUUACGUCCCAUUUACUCCUACCAGUGCCGAAGGUGAGAUCUCUAAUUAUGGAUGUACCAUCAAAGAAGAACCGGAAGAUUACCUCAGCAUCCCCGUACCCACCGCCGGCAUGGGUAGAGACCAGCCAAUAAACACUGGCACGUGUUCAAAACCUGCCUCGGGUUCACAGGCCACCGCAAUGUGUAAAGAGGAGCCUGAUGUGGGCCGUCCUUGCUGGAACGGUUCUAAAAGUUCAAGUCCAAAGUCGGAGGAUGACGAGAAUCCCUUUCAAACUCAAGAAGAGGCAGAAGUCUUGAAGGUAGAAGGUUUUUCUGGUAAAAGGACUGUGGUCCGUCAGGGGAAACAGGUGGUGUUUCGAGAUGAGGAUGGAUCAGGGGAUGAUGAGGACAUCAUGGUGGAUUCAGAUGAUGACUCCUGGGACCUAGUGACAUGUUUCUGCAUGAAGCCGUUCGCCGGGCGGGCAAUGAUCGAAUGCAACCAGUGCAACACCUGGAUCCACCUCUCAUGUGCCAAAAUCCGCAAGUCCAACGUCCCUGAGACGUACAUCUGCCAGAGGUGCAAAGACUUAAAGUUUGACAUUCGCCGCUCCAAUCGCUCAAGAGUGGGCUCUCGAAAACACCUUCUGGACUGAUGCCGCUCUUCUCGUUCUGCCCAUCCACAUGUACAGAAACUCGUAAAAUUGUCUUCUUAAAGACGAGACUCAAGAGUUCGGAUGAGGAAGGGAUCAGUGACCUGCUUGCUUCACCUGUAUUUGUUUGUGUUUUUAAUAUUUCUCACCUUCCUAAAUGUUUGCGUCAGGCAAUCAAUACUAGGAUGAUGCAUUAACUGGAGCAGAUUUUUGCCGGACAGUUGCAGUUGUGACGGUACACAGCUAAAGGUUAGACACAAUCGCAGUUGUGCUGGAAAGAAGGGACUGGGGUGUCGGAUUGCACUUUUUUAAGAACAAAGGGGUAGCUUGAGGUUCCCCUUUGUACCCAUAGCUUUCAAAAGUAUGUGUAUUUGUCAAAGUAUGUAUAUUAUAUGAAAUAACCAUGAGAUAUUAGUGUUCAAGGUGUUUAGACUCAUCAUUUGGUGUGGAUCUUUUCUGAGACCACCAAAUGUGUAUGAGUGAAAGAGUUCUGUUAGUUGGAUAAUGUUGAAUGAAGUCUUCAUCAGCAGUCACUGAUGAUUUGGAAUGAAACAUCAGAAACGGUUCUUGCUACAUUGUGGUAUUUCUUGACUUUUAUAUAUAUAUAUUUUGGCAACAAAUUUGUGAUAAGAGACUAUAUGUGUCAUUUAUAUUUCUUGAUUUAUAAAUCCUGAUAAUUUUUGCAUUUUCUGGCCUUUCAUUGAACAAGAAACUUUUUGUUUGCAUGUUGUAAUGUUUUACUAAACAGGUUGAUAUUUUUGUAAUUUUGUUUUUCUCCAGGAUGAUGUUUAAUAUGUUAAUUAUGUAAAUUAUGUGAGUCAUUACAGGUUAGGGAAGGGAUGGAUAUUCUUACUGGGUGAAUCUUACAAAAAAACAUAUCCAGGUCACAUUUCACCCCAUUAGUUAUAUAGUAAUAGUGCACAUUUUGUGGAAAAAUAUCACUUGGGCAUGUUCUUGUCAGGUUUUGUGAGAUUCUAUGUACUGCCAAAGGGAAGAACAUUGUUGCCUGUAUAUGCUGAAAUGCCAAGGCUUACUUAGUUGUAGUCCUAUUUACAUUCAAAACACUGAACUGUUAUUAUUUGGUCUACAAAUCUUGGGUUUUCAGCACUUGGGAAUCAUUCAUAAGCGUUUAAUUCUUUUUAACCACUGUGACCGGUUUAACCUGAUUGAUAAUCUGUUUUCAUGUUCAUAGGCAUGCUCAGAUAAAAAUGUGUGAUUGUGUUCUAUUAGUUGGUCCACUCCCAUCAUAAAAAGCAUAGGCUUGUUUCUUGAAGACAUUUUGAAUUUUUUUUUUUAUCUCAUGUGAGUUGGUUUUCAUCUUCAGAAUGUACUGUUCUUUUAGAUGAGAUAAACACUGCAGAGAAGAUAAAUUAUUUGGCACAUUUAA